UCUUUUACCCACCGUACCCACUCCCCCUAUGCCGACGACUCCCUCCGCUGAUGACUCCCUCCCCCGACGAUUCCCUCCGCCGCCGACACCCUCCGCUGACGACUCCCUCCGCCGACUCCCUCUCCUGCAAUGGUGACACGAGGGGAGGAUGCCACCGUUGGCCACGCUCUGCCAUGGCUGGCUUGGAAGGUUUCGAGUUCUUCGAGAUCAUAAUUGAUAAACCUUGCAGAUUGCAAGUAUAUACAAGACGAGAUCUCCCCUUCACCAUCUCUUUAUCAUCUACUGUCUAGUGCUUGAUGCGUUCAAUUUGCCACUGCUUGACCGUCGCUACAGAGGUUGUGUGACAGUUUGCGAAGAUGCUUGACGACCGUGAGCCCCCAAAAGUGAAGUUGUGGGAGUCCGGCAGUGGGCAUCACAGGCUAUGGGAUGUGCUGGUGGUGUUUGACACCAACGGCCACAUGUACCUAUGGUGCGAAUGGGAGCAUUUCUCCCGCGCCCAUGACCUGCAGCUCGGGCACUUACUUGUCUUCCGCUACGAUGGCGAACUUGUGCUCACCGCGAAGGUAUUUGACGGGACCAUGUGCCGCAGGCACUACCAACAUGACGACGAUCCCAGCAAUGGGAGCUACAGCGGGGAUGAAGAGGAGCAGAGUGAGGAAGAAGAGGAGUAGAGUGGGGAAGAAGAGGAGCAGAGUGGGGAAGAA